CGGGCAGCAGCGGCGGCGGCGGCGGCGGCGCGGGCCCAUGGCGCGGGGGGCCGCGGGCCGCGGGGCCGGGCUCCUGGCGCUGACCUUGUGGCUGCUGGCGGCGCGCGGGGAGCUGCUGCAGCCCCAGGAGACGAUGACGGUGGAGCUGAGGUGUGGCGCAGGACCACUACGCAUGGUCCUGGGCCCCGGGCAGGCCGCGGUGCUGGACUGCGGCCUGGGGACCGUUGCCGCCAUCCCCCCAACCCACGUGACAUGGAGCAAGGAUGGCGGCGCCCUGCCAGAGCACGACCACCUGUACCUGCUGCCCAACGGCUCCCUGUGGCUGGCCCCACCACCGGUGCCCAAUGGCACUGACCAGGCAGCACCGGAGGUCAUCGAGGGCAGCUACUCGUGUCUGGCCCACGGCCUCGUUGGAGCGGUGGCCAGCCAGACCCUGCUUGUCCAGCUUGCCACGCCCCCAGAUUUCUCCCGACACCCGGAGUCACAGGAGGUGGAGGAGAAUGGGACAGCCCGGUUCUCAUGCCACACGGAGGGGCUGCCUGAACCAGCCAUCACCUGGGAGAAGGACCAGGGUGCAGUGCCAGAGGAGCCUCGAUUCAUCACUCUCCCCAACGGGGUCCUCCAGAUCCUGGACGUUCAGGAGCGCGACGCGGGUGCCUACCGAUGCGUGGCCACCAAUUCAGCCGGCCAGCACUUCAGCCAGGAGGCCUCGCUUGAGGUGACCCUCGGAGGGCCCCCUGUGUCCACCAGGGGGCAGGACGUGGUCAUCUUGGCCGCCCCCGAGAACACCACGGUGGUGUCCGGCCAAAGUGUGGUGCUGGAGUGCGUGGCCUCGGCUCACCCCACCCCCUUCGUUUCCUGGGUCCGGCAGGACGGUAAGCCCAUCGCCACGGAUGUCAUCGUGCUGGGCCGCACCAACCUGCUCAUCCGCAGCGCGCAGCCCGAGCACUCGGGCGUGUACGUGUGUCGCGCCAACAAGCCCCGCACGCGCCACUUCGCUGCGGCGGCCGCGGAGCUCCGCGUGCUGGCGGCCCCGGCCAUCUCGCAGGCGCCGGAGGCGCUGUCCCGCACGCGGGCGAGCACCGCGCGCUUCGUGUGCCGCGCGUCCGGGGAGCCGCGGCCCGCGCUCCGGUGGCUGCACGACGGGGAGCCGCUGAGGCCCAACGGGCGCGUCAAGGUGCAGGGUGGCGGCGGCAGCCUGGUCAUCACCCAGAUCGGCCUGCAGGACGCCGGCUACUACCAGUGCGUGGCCGAGAACAGCGCGGGCACGGCGUGCGCCGCCGCCCCGCUGAACGUGGUGGUGCGCGAGGGGCUGCCCAGCGCGCCCACGCGGGUCACGGCCACGGCUCUGAGCAGCUCCUCCGUGCGGGUGGCCUGGGAACGACCCGAGCUGCACAGCGAGCAGGUCAUCGGUUUCUCCCUCCACUACCAGAAGGCCCGGGGGGUGGACAAUGUGGAGUACCAGUUCGCAGUGAACAAUGACACGACAGAACUGCAGGUUCGGGACCUGGAACCCAACACGGACUAUGAGUUCUAUGUGGUGGCCUACUCCCAACUGGGGGCCAGCCGCACCUCCAGCCCCGCGCUGGUCCACACGCUGGACGAUGUCCCCAGUGCAGCCCCCCAGCUGUCCUUGUCCAGCCCCAACCCCUCGGACAUCAGGGUGGCGUGGCUGCCCCUGCCCCCGGACCUGAGCCAUGGGCAGGUGGUGAAGUACAAGAUCGAGUACGGUUUGGGAAAGGAAGACCAGAUCUUCUCCACCGAGGUCCCUGGCAAUGAGACGCAGCUGACUCUGACCUCACUGCAGCCCAACAAGGGGUACCGAGUCCGCAUUUCAGCCAGCACCGGUGCUGGCUACGGGGCUUCCUCGCAGUGGACAGAGCACCGGACACCCAGUGGGCACAACCAGAGCCUGGUCCCAUUUGCUCCUGCAGAGCUGAAGGUCCGGGCAAGGAUGGAGUCCCUGGUGGUGUCGUGGCAGCCACCCCCACACCCCGCCCAGAUCUCUGGCUACAAACUCUACUGGCGGGAAGUAGAUCCUGAAGAGGAAGCCAACGGGGAGAGUGCCCCUGGGGGCCGCCAGGACCAGGCGUGGGAUGUGGGGCCUGUGAGGCUCAAGAAGAAAGUGAAGCAGUACGAGCUGACCCAGCUGGUGCCCGGCCAGCUGUAUGAAGUGAAGCUGGUGGCAUUCAACAAGCACGAGGACGGCUAUGCUGCCGUGUGGAAGGGCAAGACGGAGAAGGCGCCCACACCAGAUCUGCCCGUCCAGAGGGGGCCACCCCUGCCCCCCGCCCAUGUCCAUGCAGAAUCUAAUAGCUCCACAUCUAUUUGGCUACGGUGGAAGAAGCCAGAUUUCACCACGGUGAAGAUUGUCAACUACACGGUUCGCUUCAGCCCCUGGGGGCUCCGGAACGCCUCCCUGGUCACCUACUAUACCAGCUCUGGAGAAGACAUCCUCAUCGGCGGGCUGAAGCCCUUCACCAAGUAUGAAUUUGCAAUCCAGUCCCAUGGGGUGGACAUGGACGGGCCCUUCGGCUCCGUGGUGGAGCGCUCCACCCUGCCAGACCGGCCCUCCACGCCCCCCUCCGACCUGCGCCUGAGCUCCCUGACGCCGUCCACGGUCCGGCUACACUGGUGCCCCCCCACGGAGCCCAAUGGGGAGAUCGUGGAGUACCUGAUUCUCUAUAGCAGCAACCACAGCCAGCCCGAGCACCAGUGGACCCUGCUUACCACCGAGGGCAACAUCUUCAGUGCAGAGGUGCAGGGCCUGGAGAGCGACACCCGGUACUUCUUCAAGAUGGGAGCACGCACCGAGGUGGGGCCUGGGCCCUUCUCAGGCCUACAGGAUGUGAUCACGCUGCAGGAGAAGCCAGCAGAUUCGCUGGACGUGCACUCGGUCACCGGCAUCAUCGUGGGCGUGUGUCUGGGCCUCCUCUGCCUCCUGGCCUGCAUGUGUGCCGGCCUCCGCCGCCGCCCCCGCAGGGAGGCCCUCCCAGGGCUGUCCACCUCCGCCACCACCACCACCGGGAACCCCGCGCUCUACUCCCGAGCCCGGUUCGGCCCUCCCAGCCCCCCGGCUGCUCAUGAACUGGAGUCGCUGGUGCAUCCCCGUCCCCAGGAAUGGUCCCCGCCGCCCUCGGACAUCGAGGACCCAGCCGAAGUGCACAGCCUGAUGGGGGGUGGCGUUUCCGACGGCGGCGGCCGGGGUCACUGCAAGAGAAAGAUCUCGUGGACUCAACCAGGUGCGCCCAGCUGGGCAGGAGCCUGCACGGGCUGUGAGCUGCCCCCAGCAGGCCCCAUGCCCACCUUGACCCGGGCCCUGCUGCCCCCUGCGGGCACCGGGCAGACGCUCCUCCUGCAGGCGCUGGUGUACGAUGCCAUCAAGGGCAAUGGCCGGAAGAAGGUGCCCCCAGCCUGCAGGAACCAGGUGGAGGCCGAGGUCAUCGUCCACUCUGGCUUCAGUGCAUCAGAAGGGAGCCCUGAGCUCCCGCUUCAGGACCUGGUGGACCCUCCCGACCCCCCUCCUCUGGACACUCCGGCCCUCACCCCGGGCCUUGUGGAUCUCGGGCCAGCAGCAGCGUGGCUGGACCAGGAUCUGGGCGGGUGUGAGCCAGUGAGCCCCGGGCCGGACAGACUCAGCUGCCUGCCAGAGGCCCCCAGUGUGCCCUGCCCCUACGUGAUCCCCCAGACUGGCGAGGCGCAGCAAGACACCCCCGGGAGCAGCUGCCCACCUUGGACCCCCUGCCCGCCUGGAGCCACCUUCUCCUCUUCUACUUAG